UUUCGCUGGAAGAUCGCACGUGUUUCCAAAAAUCUACCUAAAAGUUCUCCAAGGUGAGAACUUCCAUUUCUUCGGCACCGGUCCGAUUCGCGGUUGGCUGCGUGAGUUUUCCAUAUAUAAGGAUACUGACGCCUCUUCAAGGCACAGUCCGCUCAUCUUCCUCGUCGUGAAACGUUUAGCCUUAAUCGUAUCAAAAUGUUCAAGUUCGUGUGCUUGGUUGUCCUGGUGGCUUCGGUAUCCGCCGAGCCUACUUUCCACAAGCUGAAGAAGCUGAAGCUUCUUAAGGCGGCUGCUCUUCUUGGAGGAGGCCACGGACUCGGACACGGUUUCGGUGGCUUUGUACCUCAAGUCGGAAUUGAACCGAUCUACCCGGAACCGAUUGGACCUCCUCCACCAGCGCCAGUUUACUACUCGCAGCCCGCUCAGCCAACUUAUUACGCCGCUGCCCAACCUGCUGCUCCAGCUCCUCAACCGAUCGUCUACCAAGCUGCUCCGGCUCCGGCUCCAGCUCCAGUGACUUACACCUUUGCCGCUGCCCCCGCUCCCGCUCCGGCUCCGGUGACCUACUCCUUUGCCUCUGCCGCUGCUUCUGCCCCUGCCCCGGCCCCAGUGAGCUACCACGUGUCGGCUCCUGCUCCGGAACCAAUCCACUUCCACUCUGCCCCAGCUGCCGAGCCCAUCAGCUACAGCUUUUCUGCCCCGUCUGCUCCGGCUCCGGAGCCAAUCCACUACUCGGUGUCCGCCCCCGCUGCUGAACAUAUCAGCUACCAGGCUGCUGCUCCAGCUCCGGCUCCAGUCACCUACCAGCUCGUGGCCGCUCCCCAGCAGGUUGCUUAUGCCGCUCCGGCGCCAGCCCCGUACCACCCCAAGCCCAUCGGAUUUGAAAUCACCAAGCGUAUCGUCAAGCUGUAAAAAGCAGUGCUGCCAAAGUACCUUAGAACCAGCUAACUCUGCUGCACAAGCCAUCUUUAAGCAAUAGAACAAAUUUUACCAAAACUGUAGAUUUUACGUACCAGAUGAGAGCUGAACGAAUAAACGAUAUUUAGUGAAAGUAAG